AUGGUCAAGGAACCAAGUGUGGAUGGAAGAUCCUUUGGCUCCUGGGAUGACAUUCUCAGUGAAACUGUCAUGGCAGACAGUAACAAUGAUGACGAAGUAAAUGAACGAAUGGAAGGAGUUGGAAAACGGGAGACCCGCCAACUAGAAGUCUUCAAAACUGUCUUUCUUGGGUUGUUGCUGGUUGCCACUGUCUUGAUCUCCUGGACCGUCUACAGCAUUACGGAAUCCGGAGAGGAUGCGCAAUUUGAAAAUCAUUUUCAUGAUCAAGCUACUCGAUUACUACAAGAGUUCUCAUUGCGGUUUUCCAAUGCGAUUGGUGCGAUUCACAGUUUCGAUGUCGCCAUUAUUUCGCACGUGCACAGCAUGAAUUUGCAAUGGCCCUUUGCUUUGGUUCCAGAAUUUGAUAUAAGGGCGGAGAGUAUACUGGCCAUUAGCAAUGCCAAGUUUCUCACCUUUUUGGUGAAGGUUACGGCAGAAGCUGACAGGGGCCGGGAACGCCCAAACUUUGAAGCCUACGUGCAAAACCACAGCGAUUGGGUGGAGCAGGCCUAUGAUCGAUUGCCAGCAUUUACUGCUGCAACAAAUCAUCAUAAUCGUCGACAGUUGCAGGGGGGAGCGGAUGGAAGCCAGGGAAAUCUUUUACCAUCCUUGAAUAUGACACUGGGUACUGACAAUGAGGAUACUACUAAUACUACUGCUGCUACGGGAAGCAACAGUACAAACAAAAAUUCAUCGGGAAUGGUGGAUACACCAACAACGAAUUCCACACAUGGGGGAGUCUUCCCAACACUCUUUACAUUUGAAGAAGACAACAAACGAACGAUCGCGUUUACAAAACCAGAAUACCAUCCAGUUUUUCAAUGUCAUCCUGUGGCACCCAAUCUCAUCAAUUACAAUCUAGAGAGCCAUACCUUGUUUGGAGCCGAAAUUGCACGAUCUAGUAGCACUCGAAGCAUUGUGGUGGGUCAAAUGGUCUUGCCCGAGGAGGAGGUCGCACGCAGUACUACUAGCAGCAGUGGUGACAAUAAUGAUGGUAGCACUAUCGGCACCAACACCAACAAUGCCAUCAUUCCAUCCAACAGCGACAACAACGAUGGCAAUAUCUAUGAUCACUCUACAAGCUCUCCAAUGACCCAAGGCAACAACAACAACAACAAUCGAAAGCUUGAAACAGUACAAGGCAGUUCCACCAGUGGCUUGUAUUCACGUUCUGAUCCCUACAUUGAGUUCAUUCAUCAACAACAGCCCGAUUCUGGACCCUUUAGUCAAGUCAUUCUUCCCAUUUUUGAAGAUUUUUGGGGCGAAACCUCCAUUGUGGGAUUUGUAGCCGGGUAUUUCUUUUGGUCGGAUUUUAUUGCGGACCAGUUGCCGGAUACGGUCACUCAAGUCAUUGGUGUACUGGAAAAUGAAUGUGGUCAAGUGGUGUCCUUUGAAGUGAACUCCAAUAAAAAGGCGACGUACUUGGGUGAAGGUGACUUUCACAAUCCUUCCUAUGAUGAUUUGGAAACAUCCUUCCGCAUGCAAGAUAUUUGGAAUGACGGAACCAAAGAGGGAAUCUUUUCAACCGACAAGAAUAAUAUGCUUCGAAUGGAUUUGGGAUACUGUCCCUAUACGAUCAAGAUUUAUCCAUCUCAAGUCAUGGACGAUAGUUUUGAUUCCAAUCGACCAUACCUGUACAUGUUCUUGGUCAUGGGCAUGUUUAUUGUCACCUGCUGUACAUUCUUUGGAUACGACUUUUUGCACGAACGACGCAACAAGGUGGUCAUGACCACCGCCCGGCAGACGCAAAAGAUUGUCUCGUCGCUUUUUCCAGCAGUUGUUCGAGAUCGACUACUUGAAGAUGUGGGGGAAGUCUUUCAGCGGGGAUCAGUGGUUCCAUCCACACCUCGGGUGAUGCUACGAAGCUAUUUGAAUGAGGGAGAGGAAGCAGAGAUUGAAGAUAACAAACCGAUAGCAGAUUUAUUUCCUGCAACAACCAUCAUGUUUGCCGAUAUUGCGGGCUUUACAGCCUGGAGUUCUUUGCGGGAACCAGCACAAGUCUUUACUCUACUAGAGACGAUAUAUGGACAAUUUGAUCAGAUGGCGAAGAGGCAACAAGUGUUCAAGGUGGAAACCAUUGGCGAUUGCUAUGUGGCAGUGACUGGGCUACCAGAUCCACAACCAGACCACGCGGUAAUCAUGGCUAAAUUCGCGAAUCAUUGUCUCACAAAGUUUGCGGCUACAGUUAAGAAUCUCGAAAAAACUCUUGGUCCCGAUACAUCCGAUCUUGGGCUUCGGAUCGGAUUACACAGUGGCCCUGUCACUGCUGGAGUGCUGCGUGGUGAAAAAUCCCGUUUUCAAUUGUUUGGAGACACUAUGAACACGGCUUCUCGAAUGGAAUCCACUUCGAAAUCUGGAAGGAUUCAGUGCUCUGAAGCCACUGCGAAACUACUCAAAGAUGCACGCUCUGGUAAUGUCUUGAUUCCGCGGUCCACGACGGUCGACAUCAAGGGCAAAGGGUUGAAACAGACAUACUGGAUCAAGCUAACAAGGUCGCCCGAAGAUGGAACACCCGUUUUUCGAAAGAGCUUAUCGGAACCGCUCAUAAUGCGAACAGUGGAGAUUCCAAUCGUUUCAGAUCAAGUGCUUUCCAAGUAUAUCCCGCAUCCCAGCAAAAUUGAGGACACACUGAGGGAGAAUCAAAGAUUAAUUGACUGGCAUGUUGAGAUGUUGUCAAGAUUGCUAAAACAAGUUGUCGGAAGCCGCAAAAGGAAGGAUCGUAUACAGCAGCGCCGAAGGUCCACUUCUAUGAGUUUUCGGUCGCCAUUCCUUGCAACGCCCAUGAGUGAAUUGACCGAGAUUGUGGAGAUGCCCAAAUUUGACAAGAAGAAAGCUAAAAAAGUUGCGCAUUGGUCGACCACCGAGGUUCCCCUCGAUGUCCAGCAGCAACUGAGAGUGUAUAUCUCCACGUUGGCGUGUAUGUACAAAGGAGACAAUCCAUUUCACAACUUUGCUCAUGCAUCCCAUGUUACAAUGGCUUCGAACAAACUGUUGAGCCGAGUGGUAACACCAGACGAUAGUCUUUACGGGGACACCAAACGGGUACAGAAGGGAUUUCAUAUGCGGCUUCAUGACUACACAUAUGGUUUGACGUCCGAUCCUACUACGCAAUUCGCUAUCGUGUUCUCGGCAUUGGUUCAUGAUGUCGAUCAUCGAGGUGUUUCCAAUUCACAACUUGUUAAGGAAGAAACAGAAGAAGCACUGAAGUAUUCUGGAAAAAGUGUAGCCGAGCAACACUCGAUUGACAUCGCUUGGCAGGUUCUGAUGGACCCUUCACUGGAGAGACUGAGACAGUGCCUGUACUCCAGCGAUGAGGAGUAUCAACGAUUCCGACAACUGGUUGUCAACUGUGUCAUUGCUACAGAUAUUUUCGAUAAGGGAUUGAAAGAUCUCCGAAAUAAGCGAUGGGAAAUGGCAUUUCAUCAGCAUCAAGAUGAUACGACGCUUGACGAGGAUGGCGAGGAUGAUGAAGAUGAAAACUUCAAUCGAAGGGCAACAAUUGUCAUUGAACAUAUUAUUCAAGCUGCCGACGUGUCCCAUACCAUGCAACACUGGCUUGUGUACCAAAAGUGGAAUGAGCGAUUGUUUCAGGAAAUGUAUCAAGCAUAUGUUUCUGGCCGAGGAGGCGAGAAAGACCCAAGCAUCGGGUGGUAUAAUGGGGAACUUUGGUUUUUCGAUAAUUAUGUUAUUCCGCUUGCCAAAAAGCUAGAAGAGUGCGGUGUCUUCGGGGUCAGUAGUGCGGAAUGCUUGGACUACGCAUUGGAAAAUCGAGAGCAAUGGCAAAAGAAAGGGGAAGAAAUUGUUGAGGGCCUACGAAAGAAGUAUUGUGGGAAACGACACGACUUGAAAGUUCAAACGAGCGAAUCAUCUCUAAAGAUAGUUUAA